AUUUAAUUUCAUAAAAUAGAAAUUCAAAACGCUUAGCCAAGUAUUUUUUCGAUCGUAUUUUCUCAAUUCACAUUUUAGAGUCGCGGCAAGAUAUUCUGCAGUACACAGGCAAGUCGAGCGCGAAGUGGGUAACAUAGAUUGACUCGAGAUUAACUACUUAUGGCCCAUCGAAAUUUUUGCUGCGAUGGCUGCCAGACACACAACUUUCAGGGCCGUCGCUUUCACUGCUUGCGCUGCGUGAACUAUGACCUCUGUGGCUAUUGCUUUGACCAGCAUGUGGAGACGCUGGACCAUCGGGUGGAGCAUCCGAUGCAGCUGCUGCCUGGGCUGGAGCCGGAGCGUCAACAGCCCGAAAUAUUGCUGCACGGCGAGCUGCUGGACAUGAUGCACCUGCCCAAUUGCUACACCUGCCCGUAUUGCGGUACCUUUGGACACACGGCCAAGGAGCUGAUCGAUCACGUUGUCAGCCAGCACCGUCAGGCCGAGCUCCAUGUGGUGUGUCCCAUGUGUGCCGGCCUGCCGGGCAUCGAGCUCGUGGCAAUACGCAAUCUAGCGCGCCAUCUGCUGCUCAAUCACAUCGAGCAUGCAAAUCUGCUGGAUCCGCAUACGCCGCCUCUACGGCAUUCCCUAGCACGCGUGCCGCGACGACGACGGCGUCAACAACCGCCCACUACGAAUUACACAAACAGCAACCCGAAUACCAACACCAACAACAACAACAACGGCCGCAGCUUGGCGCGCUCUAGCAGUCGCCUAGACUCUGAGGCGGGCAUCGAUAUGCUCUAUCAACUGUCCGAGCUGCGACGCUUACGUCCCGAAUUCCGUGCCAGUCCAGCAGCUGUCAACUAUCUUGAGGGCGAGCCACGUCCACGCCCUAAUACAUUAGCCAUUGCCCCGGCAGAGCUGCCAGCUCUCAAUGCAGCUCCAGCUGAGAUGCAGCGCUCCGAUGCCGAUCGCCUGCAUUUGCAAAAGUGGAUGCACGAACAGGAGCAACUGGAUCUGCAGAGUGCCCUGCGUGUUAGCAAGCGGCGACAGCAUCGUGCGCUCUUUACCGAACACCUGCUGCUCUCGAUGCUCUGCGAGGAGCAACUGCAGCUGCCAACGUCAGGUGCAGAGCCAAGAGCAACGCCAGUGCAAGCGGCAGAACCGCUGGACAGAGCUUCAGAUAAUGUUAGCGUGGACAACGAGCCCGGAUUGCUGUCCAGCAAAUAUGUGCCAUCCCAAAUUAUGAUGCUAAUGUCGAUACCUUGGAUUCGACCCUGGACCACUCUCCAGAAGGCUUGCUUCAUUAAGCUGCAGGGGGCCACACUGGAGGACAGCAAGUUGAAUGGAAUUGAGCAGCAGGAUAUUGAUUAGGAGCAGCCGUUUAAUCUUCUUUUUUUGUUAAGUGCAACAAUGUUCA